AUGUCUUUAGAAAAUGACUGCGCAUGAAAAUCAUUAUCGUCUAUAGCAAUCCGAAAUCUUCCAGGGCAACCAUCAGAGCUUUCUUUGAAAUUAUCCAACAGAGAAAAGGAUUUUCAUCUUGAACUACUGCAUCCUAUUUCUUUAAAUCCUUAUUGAACAAGUUUAAAAAUUCCUCACAAAGUCUACCCAGUUUUAGUAAUUGUCACAAAUUCCUCAAAUUCUGUGCUACUUGAAGACUAUUUAAAUCCAAAACAUUUAGUUUUCUUACUCUUUCCAUACUUUAUUUAUCAAUUAUUUGCUAAUAAACAAAUGAAUUAUUUAAAAUAUUUAUUAAAAAUAGAUAAUAAAUGAUUAAUAAAAUUAAUGUUUAGCCUUUUUUAUGAGGGAAAUUAACAAAAGAUUUAAUAUCUCUCAAAGAAUUCAGCUUUCCUUUUAUAUGCUAUGAAUUUUCCGACGAAAAUUGAUAUGCCCAGCAAGAGUCCAUACAACAGUUCACAAGAGCUACAAGGAAAGAAUCACUCUCCUUAUCCCCUUUAAGAAGCAGUAUCCGCAAAGACUCCUUUAAUGCCGCUGUAGACUUUUUCGAAUUAAAAGAAAAUUACAAGAAACUAUUACGAGCCCGAAAAGAAUUCAUAAAUUUAGACCAAAAAACGCAAGAAUUAAAAGCCUCGUUUUCAAAAAUCCUACAGUCAAAAACUUUUAAGCUGCAAAGACUAAAAGAAAAAAAAGAUUUAGCUGAAGAAGAAAAUGACUUUAAAAGAAGCAUUGCAGAGCAAGCUUUAUUAACAGAAAAAUCACAUAAUCUAAUAAAGGAUUAUUUUGGGCAUGAACAAGUAGGGAAAAAACUACUUCAUGCCCAUAGUAGAAAGUUUAAAGAAAGGAUUGAGUCUAUUGAUGAAUGACUGAUGAAGGUUGAAGCAAAACAAGCUUUAGUUCAGCUGAGAAGAAUAAAAAUGAUUGGAGAAAUAUAUGUGGCUUUUCCUGAUUUAUUUAGCAUUGAGUGGCUUGAAAUGAUUGAUGAUGAAGGAAAUGCCAAUGAAAGCGAGACAGAAAAUUUGGAAAAGCUAGGGUAUAUUUCUCAUAUAAUAUAGCAUUUUGAUAUGAAUAGAAGAUGGAUAGUGUUAUUUAUAUAUAGAAUGCAGAUAAAUAGUAGAAACGCUUGUAAUUGUUAUUAAUAAGAAUACAAACUAUCGCAGAAAUAUAUAGAACACAGAUGCGGUUUCAGAUCAUUUUUAAAGGGUCUCAAUCAUCGGUGAUAGCAAAUGAGGAAGAAUUGCCUAUUUAUGUACCUAAUAGGAAUAAUAAUGGGAAAAAGACAAAUAUUGCUACACAGUGCUUGAGGAAUAACUUGCUUCAAAUUAAGGAAUUAGUGCCACCUACAUCAGCGCUUGACAAUGAAGAUUAA